GCACACGAAUCUUCUUCCUCCACGCCGAAACCAAAUUCACAUGUGAAUGUGAAGCAGCGCAGCGAUCAGCAGCGCCAGCUACAAACACUUCGUUUUCCCAUGCCAUGCCGGCAACUCUGCACACAGCAUGUGCCAGAGCUCCUGAAGGCCAGAUGUGAAUGUCAGUUUCAAGCCCUGUCUGGUGGGGACGGUAGCGAGGUGAGGCUUCUGGGCGUGGUCCGUGUCCAAAAAAAGGGUUGAGAAAAUAAAAUAAAUGGAGCGCCCCCGAAUGGAUAUCUGUGGCCGUGAUAAAGCCUCAGUGUCCUUCUCCCUUCUUCUCUCUCGAUCAUAACACCAUGGCUCCAGCAACAAUGGCCCCAAAAGAACCCAAACACCUCGAUCUCCACGGCAAUGAGUUCGAACUGCCGACCUUCACCAUGAAGGAAAUCCACGAUGCAAUUCCUCCCCAUUGCUUCAAGCCGUCCGUCCUGCGGUCAAUGGCAUACGUUGUCCGCGACUACUGCUACCUGUCGACCCUCAUCUACCUCGCCGUGACGUAUAUCCCUCUCCUCCCCAAUGUCUACCUUCGAUUCGCGGCCUGGGUUGCAUACACCACCGUCCAGGGUUUCGUCUUCACCGGCAUCUGGAUCCUGGCACACGAGUGCGGACACGGUGGAUUCUCCAAGCACAAGAAGCUCAAUUACACCAUGGGCUUGAUCAUGCACUCGUUCCUCCUGGUCCCAUUCCAUUCCUGGCGCAUCUCCCACUCCCAGCACCACAAGGCGACUGGCAACAUCGACAAGGACACUGCGUUCGUGCCGCACACCAGGGAGUCUUGGGUCAAGACAAACUGCGGCCAAAAUGCCAAGACAAACAUGAUCGAGUUCGCCGAAUUGGCAGAGGACUCCCCAAUCGUGGCUCUCUGGCACGAUAUCGUCCACCAAUUGUUUGGAUGGCCCGGAUACCUCCUCUGCAACCUGACCGGACAGAAAUACCAAGGUCAAAAGGGACUGAAGAUCAUGCACUUCUAUUUCGGAGAAGACAGUGUGUUCUUCAAGAAGAGCGAGCUCCCAUUGAUCAUGCUGUCUGAUCUGGGCGUUGCAAUCAUGAUCGCCGGUCUCGUUGUCGCCGGCCAGAUCUUCGGAAGCUGGAAUGUGAUUGUCCUCUGGGGCGUGCCGUGGCUGUGGGUGAACAACUGGAUUGUCGCCAUCACCUUCCUCCAGCACACCGACGCAUCGAUGCCACACUACGACAACAAGACGUGGACAUUCGCUCGUGGCGCAACUGCUACCAUCGAUCGCGAUCUCGGCUUCAUCGACACGCAUCUCUUCCACGACAUCAUCGGCACACACGUAUGCCACCACUUGGUGUCUACGAUCCCCUUCUACCACGCCGGCGAAGCCUCGAUACAUAUCAAGAGAGUAAUGGGACAGCACUACAAGGCAGACACAAAGACGGGGUUCUGGACCGCGUUCUGGAGAAACCAGCGUGCGUGCAAGUUCGUUGAAGAGACUGCCGGUGCGGAAGGGAGCGGUGUGUACAUGUAUCGCAACUUGUUCAACAGAGCUGGGGAGACGCAGCCGCAGAAGUUGGCAGUCGAGGGGAGGAAAGAGGAGGUCAAGGAGGGCAAGAGCUCGAUGGCUGCGGCUAUGGCUUCUAGCCGCAACCUUGAUGCGAGGAGAAGACUUUCGCAGUCUGCGCAACUUCGCGCGAAUCUGCCAUUAUUGGCGGAUGGUUGAUCAGGCCAUGUUAGGCAGAGGUUGCGUUGUACCAUCGUUAAAUUGUGUGGCUGGAUAGAUUGCCUCUUUGUUAGACUUGGCAAUAGAUCUUAGAUAGAUGGAUGGCGUUGGAGGAUAGAUUCGAGAAAGGUUUUGUUGUAGUUUGAGGUGUUCUAUACCACAAUAUCAUGAUGUUUGGAAUUGCAGGUCUUACUUUUCAUGCAGGCGGGGUUUCGGUUGCUCGGAAUUGGGCUGAGGUGAUCCUGCGGGUCUCACUUCUGGAUUCGUGAUCCGUUUGAUUAUGCGCCGGGAGUUGUAGUUCUUAAAAAUUCGUGAGGAGGAAAUGUGGCAUUAUUGAAGGAGUUCCAGAUUAUUUCCGUCCGCUUCGCAGGGUUGAAUCAAUCAGACCCUCGAGUGAGGAGGGCCCCCUAUGACAACGCCUUCAACAAUCCUCUCCGGAUUUUGGGGUUGAACUUCUCGGCGCAACUUUGAGCAUCAAAAUGUAAUUGUUCCC